AUGUUGGACACCCAGCGGGGAAGCCUCUAUAAAGCUCGCGGUAGGAAUCUUGGGAUCCUAUCAACUCCCCUACCGCAUUUCUGCCCACUGCCCACGCCCAUCGCCAGAUACUCGUUCAUCAAAGAAUCUCGCUAUUGCCGCUAUGACCAACCCCUCUAUCCCAUCGUCCAGAAGCUCGUCGACUGGCUUGACAAGGCCGGAAACGAGGACGUCAAAGGAGGAAUGGCCACCGCUUUCGUCUGGGUUGCCACAAACGUCGACUGGGGCAGCAUUCCGCCCCCAGGCAUUGCCCCCGAAAGCGACUCGGAUGAUUCGUCGGGCCUGAGCCAGUACAUCAAGAUCUUGAACGACUUUGUGCACUGGGUUCCCGUCGAGGACAAAGACGGCCGUACCGUCUACAGCUUCCUCUGUUUGUUCUACCUCUUGCUUGACCACGAGGCUGUGGUCAAGUACCAGGCCCCGAUCAAGCCCGGAGAGAUAGCACCGUGGCUUUGGCUGUCCCAGUGGGUCAUCCAAUAUGCGAAGGAGGUGGGGAAGUGGAUGGACACGCCCAUGUCGUUGACGGAGAAAAGCCUUCAAAAGUUUAAGGACUCGCCGCCCUACAACGUCGGAGCUUACGACGAGCCCGAUGGCGGGUGGGAGACUUUCAACGACUUCUUCGCGCGCAAGUUCAAGGACUAUCCAACGCAACGCCCGAUCGCCUCGCCCAGCGUUGACACGGUCAUCGUCAACCCCGCGGACAGCGCGUUCGACGGCGACUGGGAAGUGACCGGCUCGGGAAUGGACGCCGGCGUUACGUUUGACGUUAAGGGCCUUCACUGGACGACCAAUCAGCUCCUCGAUGAUCUCUACGACGGCGAUGGCAACGCAGUCGGACCCCAGUUUGCUGGCGGGAGGUUCACGCACUCGUUCCUCGGCCCUACCGACUACCACCGCAUGCAUGCACCCGUUUCAGGCAAGGUCGUCGCCGCCAAGGUAAUCCCUGGUCUCUGUCAUCUCGAGGCCGUCCUCAAGCCCAAGGAUCCUGAAGCGGACCCAAAGAAACCCGGCGCGAAACCGUUCGAGCUCUUUAUGCACCGCUACAUGCGCCGCGUCGACGACAAGAGCAUCCCCAAAGAACAUCGCGGCAUCGCUCCUUCCGCAGCGUCUGUUGAGACUUUUGGAACAGGGAUGGUCCCGGACGCGCCCAACUCUCCCGGCUACCAGUUCCUCCAAGCGCGCGGACUCGUUCUCAUCGAUACAGAAGGGUUUGGCAACUUUGGCCUCGUCGCGGUUCUCCCGAUAGGCAUGGCCCAGGUGUCCUCCGUCGUGCUCAGCGUGAAGAAAGGCCAGGAACUCAAGAAGGGCGAUGAGAUCGCGUACUUCCAGCUCGGAGGGUCGGAUAUCGUGAUGGUAUUCCAGGACAAGGCCAACGUCGUGUUUGAUCAGGUGCCGAUCAACACACACCGCAACUUCGGCGAGAAGGUUGCCGUUGCCCGCCCUGGCAAAGCUCCUGCCGCUUCCAAGUAG